GCAAACCGCGGUUAAACACUACGAAGAAGAAGGGGGAGUUGCUGUACAUUGUCCGCUGCAGCGCUACCUCGUCUUCUUCUUCUUCUUCUUCUUCUUUUUUUUAAUUUUAUUAUUAUUAUUAUUAUUAUUAUUUUUACGAAACAGCCACGCGCGCUUCACUAUAUCAUUCUUAGUGAAUCCUGAAAAUACUGAAGUCACGACGCGGGACUCCAUUCGCCACUUUACUGAGCUAAAGCAUCGUUCGUUCGAUCUUCGUGUCCGGUUCAACUCGUCGGUACGCGUUGAAGCUUCUCGGGCUAGCUUAGAUUCGCCGAGCUCCGAGAGACUCCUUCGUGAUCAACAAACGGCAGAGAUCAAGUGGUGAGCGUAAAGUGUUUUGAGAAUGUGCGCAAGUAGGACAGCGGAGUACGAGGAGGAACUUUGUGGACCAAAAGACGAGAACGGGCCACGAGGUCCACUACUGGACGCUCUUUUCAGGAAGCAGCCUCGAAUUGUGCUCCGCAGAGCAGUUAUGGACAAUUGGGUGCCAAAUACAUACACCUGGGUUGAUGGACAUGGCUACACCAAAGAUUUAAUGCAAGCUUACAAGUUUCUUGAUGUAUACAAAUGUCAGUGAAGAUCUUCGUCCUGAGUGCCAGGAGACAGAGCCCCCACACAUCAAAGAAGAGGAUGAAGCGUUCCUACAAAUUAAAGAGGAAAAGAAAGAGGAAAGCAAAAAGUGGCCAUUGACUGGUGUCCCUUCGAAGAGUGAAGAUGAAGGUCAAAGUGAGGAGAGCAGAGGGCCGGAGCCUCCAAGCAGCAGCAGCUCAUGUCAACAUAUGACAAUAGAAGGUGAUGGAGACCACUGUGGAGAAUCCUCAGCAGACGGCCUCUUAGCUCCACUAUCCGAUAGUGACGACACGUCGUCACACUCUCCUCACACUGAUGAUGAUAAACAGUCUGAAGGUGAUACUGACAACAAACGUUGGAAAUGUUUACAGUGUGGGAAAAUAUUUGAUAGAAAGUGGGUUUUGAAUCAACACAAGAGAACACACACUGGAGAGAAACCUUUUUCUUGCUCAGUUUGUGCUAAAAGAUUCUCCUGGAAAGGAGUAUUAAAAAAACACAUGAGGACACACACUGGUGAGAAACCUUUUGUCUGCUCAGUUUGCAGUCAAAGAUUCACUCAGAAGGAAUACUUAAAAAUACACACAAGAAAACACACGGGUGAGAAACCUUUUGCCUGCUCAGUUUGUGGGAAAAGAUAUUCUGAAAAGAGAAACUUAAAAAGUCACAGAAGAACACACACUGGUGAGAAACCUUUUGUCUGUUCAGUGUGUGGCCAAAGAUUCUUUGAAAACGGAAGCUUAAGUAAACACACAAGAACGCACACCGGGGUGAAACCUUUUGCCUGCUCAGUUUGUGGUCAAACAUUCUCAGAGAAUGACCGCUUAAAAGUCCACACAAGAACGCACACUGGUGAGAAACCUUUUGCCUGCUCAAUUUGUGGUCAAAGAUUCGCUCAUAGAUGUACUUUGACAACACACACAAGAACACACACUGGGGUAAAACCUUUUGCUUGCCCAGUUUGUGAUCAAAGAUUCUCUCAGAGGGGAAGCUUAAGAAGACACAAAAGAACCCACACUGGGGAGAAACCCUUUUCCUGCUCAGUUUGUGGUCAGAGAUUCUCUAAGAAAGAUAGUGUUAAGAGACACAAGUGUGUUGGUAAGAAUAGCAGUGAUCAAUGAAGGUUUCGCCUCUCAUCCGAGCAGGUGUCAUCAGUUCAUCCACAAAGAAUGAUUGUAUUCUAUGUACCUUCUUAAAAGCCUCCUGUGGACAAUUGUUGAGAAUUAGCACUCGUGCUAAUAAUACAUCCGCCUUGGCCAAUGUUUUUGUGAUAUGCAUAAAUAAGAGAAUGAUAGAUUGAAAUAAUUGAAUAAAGUUUAACUCUUGGUGGUAAAAUGGAAAGGUGGAUAUGUGAUAUACGCAUAUGAAAUAAAAUAUCCUUCCCUCAGGUCGGCACUAUCGAUCAAAGCAAUCUAAUAUCAGCAGACAUUCCAACAGCUUCUUCCCUCUUCCCAUGAACCUCUUAAACAGUUGACUUACAAUUUCUUUAUAACAUGCUGCCAAUUUUGCACGUCCUGGGACACGUCUACAUUAUUCGUGCACUCAAUGUUUUAUCACUCGGCACUGUUUGCCUACUGUUGUUGAUUCCUCCUUGCCACUUAUGUGUUUAAGAACUCUUUGCACCGUUUGCACAAUCGUCCCUGUGUGUGAUCGUCACCAGAUCAUUUCACUAUUAGUCACUUUAAAUUGCUUGAGAACAGACUCUGCAUCAUGCAAAAUUGCCAUUAUAUGAGCAUCACCACACUCGUGGUGCACUUUCAUUGCUCAAUGACUCGCCAUACUUGUGUUCUUUAUGUAUAUUUUGUAAUAUUGGCUGUUUGUUGUCCUACUAGAGUGGCUCCAACUCCCGGAGACAAAUUUCUUGUGUGUCUUGUAACAUACUUGUACUCUCCAAUUUCCCACAGUUGUUUGUAGAUAAUGUAUAUUGCUUGUUGACAAAUAAAGAUCUCUUUGUUCAAUGA